AUGGCCGCCAACUCCCUGGGCGCGUGCUGCGAGCCUGGCGGCCGCGCGCUGCCCGAGUCCAGCCCCGCCGCGCCCGCGCAGGCGCCCGUCUACUGCCCGGUCUACGAGGGCCGGCUUCUGGCUGCCGCGCGCCACGACCUGGGCUCGGCGGCGCUCGGCGUCUACGGGGGCCCCUACGCCGGCGCGCAGGGCUACGGCAGCUACGCCGCCUACGGCUCCGAGGCGUCGGCCUUCUACUCGCUGAACAGCUUCGACUCUAAGGAUGGGUCGGGAUCUGCCCACUCGGGGCUCGCACCAGCCGCAGCCGCCUACUACCCCUACGAGCCUGCCCUGGGCCAGUACCCCUAUGACAGGUACGGGACCAUGGACAGCGGCACACGGCGCAAGAACGCCACCCGCGAGACCACCAGCACGCUGAAGGCCUGGCUGCAGGAGCACCGCAAGAACCCCUACCCCACCAAGGGCGAGAAGAUCAUGCUGGCCAUCAUCACCAAGAUGACCCUCACGCAGGUCUCCACCUGGUUCGCCAACGCGCGCCGGCGCCUCAAGAAGGAGAACAAGAUGACGUGGCCAGCCAGGAACAAGUGCACGGACGAGAAGCGGCCCUAUGCGGAAGGCGAGGAGGCCGACCAGGAGGAGGCCGGGGAGGAGCCCCUCAAAAGCGCCAAGACUGAAGUGAUGGAGCCUGUGGGCAAAGAGGACAAGGAGCUGGAGCUCAGCGACCUGGAUGACUUCGACCCCCUGGAGGCCGAGCCCCAGGACUGCGAGCUGAAGGCGUCCUUCUCCGCCCUGGACAGUGGCACCCUGGAGCGCGUCCCCCGACGGCCGGAGGGCCCCACCCCUCUCCCGGGUGCCCCAGGCAAGGAGGCCUCGGGCGCCCUCAGGAUGCCCCUGGCUGCCGCAGGAGGGGCCGCCCUGGAGGAGGACCUGGAGAGCGCCGGGAUCUGCCUCCGGAGCUCAGGGGCAGGGCCGGAGCCACAGCUGGGCCCAGAGGGCCGCCCUCGGGCCUGCGAGGCCAAACUGGGCUUCCCGCCCACCCAGAGCGGGGCAUCGGGGGCGCUGGAGACCAAGCCACGCAUCUGGUCCCUGGCCCACACCGCCACUGCCUCCGCAGCCACCACCCUGAACCAGACGGAGUUUCCCUCCUGCAUGCUCAAGCGCCAAGGCCCCGUGGCCCCUGCAGGCGUAUCCCCGACGCCCGCCACAUCCUCACCCGUAGUCCUGGCCUCCUCUGUGGCCCUGGAGAGGCACCAGGACUCCCCAGUGACCAGCCUCAGAAACUGGGUGGACGGGGUCUUCCACGACCCCAUACUCAGGCACAGCACUUUGAACCAGGCUUGGGCCACUGCCAAGGGCACCCUCCUGGAUCCGGGGCCACUGGGACGCUCGGUGGGGGCGGGCACCAAUGUGCUGACGGCGCCCCUGGCCCGAGCCUUCCCGCCCACUGCACCCCAGGACACCCCAGCUGCGGGCACCGCCCGGGAUCUGCUGGCCCUGCCCAAGGCGGGCGGCAAGCCCUUCUGCACCUGAGCCUGAGGUCCAGGUGGGGAGGGCGGGGCUCUUUUCUACUGAGAUUCCAAAGGAAGGUGAGGCCAGCCGCCUGCGGAGAGGGAGGAGCUGCAGUGGUCUCCCAGGGCUUUGGGCGGAGCCCUGUCUGCCGUCCCACCCGGUCCGGAGUCAACUCCGCCAGCCUUCCGGAACUCCAAACCUGCCUGAGUGCUCAGAGCAGCGGGAGACCCAAGCAUAAAGUUUACGUCCAAAGUUUACAUGGGGAAGGCGUUUGGGUUCCAGGCAUGCAGUGUGGGCUGCAGAGCACAGCCCCUCAUCUGACUCCAUCCUGCCGGCAGCGCUCACCGACAGCACCUCCACCAACUGCACACGGCUGCACACUCCCGACUGAAACAGUUACGCUUUUUUAAAUGUUAUGUGCACACCAAUAAUUGCCUGCUUCAGAGAGAGGCAGAUAUAACAAAACCAAUAAAACCUUGUGGCGGUGUUUGCGUUGCAGAAAAGAACACGUUUGGAACCCUGGGACUUGCUGGGUGGGUGUGCACCAGAGUCCACCCCACUCAAGUCCCUGCCAACCCAGGACCA